AUGCAGGACCUUCAGCAAGACAGGCCACCUCACUCGCGCCUGCUGCUCCAAGGGAGCCCAGAGAUGCACAGCCGCCCACGCACCAGGAAUCCGCAGAUCUGCAUACCACCGCUGUCCACCAUCAUCAGGACACUGGGGACCAAGUGCCUCUUGACCAGGCCCUUUGAGCUCCAAGAAGCAUAUUACAGGCCAGGAGACCUCCUUGUUGGUGGCAUUUUGCCCUACCUCAAGACCACAAUUACGCCUGCAUCCUUUGAAAAACCUCCCAGGAACAUCCACCUUGAACGCCCGGUGCCCAAAAACUACCAGCACAUCCUGGCCCUCGUGUUUGCCAUCAGUGAGAUCAACAAGGAUCCGACACUCCUCCCCAACAUCACACUGGGCUUCCGCAUCUUUGAGGACACUUACUUUGCAAGAAUGACCUACCAGGCAGGCCUGUCGUUUCUGUCCACGGGGGAUCAAGUGGUCCCCAACUACAGAUGCAGCAGACAGGAAAAGGUGUUCUCGGUCAUUGGAAGUCUCUACUCCAGAAUCUCAAUGCAGAUGGCCUCCCUACUGGGCCUCUUCAAGAUCCCGGAGCUCGGUUAUGGCUCCUUCAGUCCUGUUCUGAAAGAGAGGAGCAUAUUUCCUUCCUUCUACCUCAUUGACCCCAGUGAAGUCCCACAGUAUUUGGGGAUAAUCCACUUACUUCUUCAUUUCCACUGGAACUGGAUUGGGAUUGUUGCUCCAGAUGAUGACAGCGGAGAAAACUUCAUCCAAGCCCUAACACCAAUGCUUGACCAGAACAACAUCUGUGUCGAGUUCACUAAACGGACCUUGUCUGAAAUCUCAGUAUCCACCAUCUUAAACUUCUGCACUGUCACUAAUCCAGUUACUUCCAGCCUCCAUCCAAAUGCUGAUCAUUGUGUCCCAUGUUCAGAAGAUCAAUAUCCAAACAAGAACAAAUACCAAUGUAUCUCCAAGAACAUAAGCUUCCUUUCCUAUCAGGAGAUUUUGGGGAUUGUUUUGGCUUCUCUUGCUCUUUUGCUGUCUCUGAUCACAGCCCUAGUCCUGGCAACUGUCAUUAAAUAUCGAGACACACCCAUUGUCAAAGCCAACAACAGAAAACUCACCUAUGUCCUCCUCAUCUCCCUCCUGCUCUGCUUCCUCUCCUCCUUCCUAUUCAUUGGUCGACCUACAAAGUUCACCUGCCUUCUGAGACAAAUUGCUUUUACUGUAAUCUUCUCUGUUGCCAUUUCGUCCAUCUUGGCAAAAACUAUCAUGGUGGUUGUGGCCUUCAUGGCCACUAAGCCCGGAAACAUGGCAAGGGAACUGUUGGGGAGACAAGGAGUAAACUUCAUUGUCCUGGCCUGUCCCCUCCUCCAGGUUAUUACCUCUGCACUUUGGCUAGGGACCUCUCCCCCAUUCCCCAACUUGGACUUCCACUCCUUGGCCAAAGAGACCAUUGUGGAAUGUAAUGAAGGGUCAGUCAUCAUGUUUUACACAGUCCUGGGAUACAUGGGAUUUCUGGCCCUGGUCAGCUUCAUGGUGGCUUUCCUCGCCAGGAAACUACCCAACAGCUUUAAUGAAGCCAAGUUUAUCACCUUCAGCAUGCUGGUCUUCUGCAGCGUGUGGGUCUCCUUCGUACCCACGUACCUGAGCACUAAAGGGACGUCUAUGGUGGCCGUGGAGGUCUUCUCCAUCUUGGCCUCUGGCGCUGGUCUCCUGGGCUGCAUCUUUCUUCCCAAAUGCUACAUUAUUCUUCUGAAGCCUGAUCUCAAUAGCAGAGAUCAACUCCUAAGGAACAAGAAAUACAGGAACCAAAAUGUUUGA